AUGGUUGCAGUCUACACUAGAAACCUAAGGAAUAAUACGAUCACUCAAGCUGAAGGAAUGACCCUCCUUUGGGGUCUGAAAAUGGAUAACUCCAUAGGAAUAAAACAUCUGGAAAUUGAAGGAGACUCUCAAAUCAUUGUGGACUAUGUCAAAGGGAACUCAUCAACAGAGUGGAGAGUGGAACCCAUUCUGAGGGAUAUCAGGUGCCUCUUGGUCAAGAUGGAGGACUUCACUAUCUGCCACAUCUUCAGAGAAGGAAACAGAGCUGCCGAUUCCAUGGUAGCUGAUGGAAGGCUGCAAAAUGGCUUACGAUGCUGGAGGGACCCCAGUCUGCUACCAGUCACCACUAAGGAAAUCUUGGAAAAGGAAAUGGCCUUUACUCAGGAAGGGACCGUCCUAUAUGCUCAAUGA